AUGGUAGAUACAUCUUCUGUCACUACAAUCGUGUCGGCAAUUGAUUUAGUUAUCGUGAAAUGUACAGUCAACAUGUUUAUCUUUUUUCUUGCAGCGGUUUAUGUUCCCUCUAAUAUAUCUACUUCUGACUUUGAACUCUUCCUGGAACGGCUUGAACCUCUACUAUUAGGGAAACCCGUCAUUCUUUUACCACUCUUGAGGGAAGAUUUAUAUCAUCCAGCCCUUGGAAUUACCGCUGAAUUUGUGUUGUCCUCUAAGCGCCCGCAAUUUCCAUCACUUGGCGCUAAAUGCUACAAUUUUAAAAAAGCUAACUUUGUUAAUCUUUAUAAUGAUAUUUUUGAAACUGAGUGGUCAUCUUUGUCAGCAUAUAGUGAUGUAAAUGCUGCUGUAACUGAGUUCUAUAGAAUAUUUUACAAUAUACUUGACCCUUCUGUUCCCCUGUACUCGCUUAAAAAGUCUAGCUACACAGUGUGGUUUAAUAAACAGAUAAUUAAAACUUUAAAAAUGAAGAAUUAUUACAGAAAGAAGUGGAAGAAGACGUCCAGUGCAUUCUAUCACAUUGAAUUCAAAAGGCUUAGGGCAUUGGCAAAACAAUUAAUCAGGUUAGGUCAUGAUAAUUAUCUUAGAGAAAUUGAACAGUCUAUACAUUCUACACCCAAAAAUUUAUGGAAAUACGUGCGGUCCAAGAAAGGUACAACUCGUAUUCCUGGCAAAAUCACCUAUAAUGGAAAUGUCUCAGAUGAUCCCCAGAAAAUUGUGGAUAUGUUUGCCGAAAAAUUUUCAAAUGUGUAUCUUUCUGGUGCAAACACUGGCAUUCCCGACAUCAUUACAAAUAAAUUAUCUUUUAGUAUGCAGCCUGUUACGGAGGAACAGUUAGUAGAAGUUAUCAUUUUCUUGUUCGGGAUGCUAUGUGCUAGAAUCACACCAAUUUUCAAAAAGGGAGAUAAGUCAGAUGUUAAUAAUAAUUACAGACCCAUUUCAAUUCUUUCUAACUUUGCCAAAGUAUUCGAGUUAGUCAUUUAUAGAAACAUCUUGUGCAAUGUUGACGUCAUUUACACCGAUUUCUCCAGUGCUUUUGAUAGCAUCAAUCACAGUAUUUUAUUGCAAAAGCUUAGUGCAUUCGGAUUUACGUCUAGCUUUUUAAAACUCAUAGCGUCUUACCUCAUUAAUAGAAUCAAUUUUGUUUUUUACAAUGGUUUCACGUCGUUUAGUUAUGUUGGAUACUCUGGGGUACCUCAAGGUUCUAAUUUGGGUCCGCUACUAUUUACAUUGUUUAUCAAUGAUUUGCUUGCGUCUAUGAAGUGUAAAAUACUAGCUUAUGCUGAUGACAUAAAACUAUAUGCCUCUAUCAACAGUGAAUCUGAUUAUAUUAAUUUUCAAGCUCAAUUAAAUCUGUUUAUUGAUGGCUGUCAGUUUUUGCAAUUAAGACUAAAUCCUGAUAAGUGUUUCUAUCUGACUUAUACAAAAAAAAGAGAAAUUGUUAAAGAUCUUGGUGUUACCUUUGAUCCGCAGUUAUCUUUUAUUGAGCACAUCAGUGACAUAUGUUUAACUUCUUCCAAGAUGUUGGGAUUUAUAUACCGAACAACUAUUAGCUUUAUGAACCCUUGUUUCAUUAAAACUUUAUAUUUUGCAUUUCUAGUCAGUAAAUUGGAGUAUGCUUCUAUUCUGAAGGAACAAAUUACACAAAUAAAAAUAACGAAAAAGUCGACGGGAGUAAUCAGCCAAUUAACAUCGAUAGUAGCGGUGAACAAGAGUUAUUUGACGGGAAUGGGAGAGAAGCAAAUGAAAUAA